UGUGUUACACCAUCGAGUGUACCCUUUCCCGGCUGCCGCGGGGACAAUGCGGCGUCCUUGCAGUUCUCGCUGUCCUGGGCGGGCCUGAGCCUUUGGGUCUCCGGUGACGGGCGGAGGAGGCUACCGGCUCUGGACGGGCUCGUUUCGGUGGCAGACUGACCUUGGCCCAGAGUGUCGGAGCCGAUGGCAACUUGGGCUGUUAUCAGCUUGAGCAGGGUCGCUGCCCAGUGCUUGUGGCCUCGAGGCCCCGGGGUCCGGGUGGCUCUUCCGUGCUCCGCCCUGGCCUUCCAGCCUGAGCCCCCGUGCUGUAGCGCCGCUGGGGGUCGGACGCUGCACCUCACGGCCGAAGUCCCCGCGGGACACAACAAGUGGUCCAAAGUCCGGCACAUCAAGGGUCCCAAAGACGCAGAAAGGAGUCGCAUCUUCUCCAAGCUCAGCUUGAGCAUUCGCUUAGCGGUUAAAGAAGGAGGCCCCAACCCUGAGCUCAACAGCAACCUGGCCAGCAUCCUAGAGGUGUGUCGCAGCAAGCACAUGCCCAAGUCAACAAUUGAGGCAGCGCUGAAAAUGGAGAAAACCAAGGACAUGUAUUUGUUGUAUGAGGGCCGAGGCCCCGGUGGCUCUUCUCUUCUCAUUGAGGCGUUAUCUAACAGUAGUUCCAAGUGCCACUCGGACAUCAAACAUAUCCUGAACAAGAAUGGGGGAAUGAUGGCCGAAGGAGCUCGGCACUCCUUUGACAAAAAGGGGGUGAUUGUGGUUGGAGAGGAGGACAGAGAGAAGAAACCUGUGAACUUAGAGCGUGCCCUGGAGCUGGCAAUAGAAGCAGGAGCUGAGGAUGUCAAGGAGAUCGAAGACGAAGAGGAAAAGAACAUUUUUAAAUUUAUUUGUGAUGCCUCUUCACUGCAUCAAGUGAGGAAGAAACUGGACUCCUUGGGCCUAUGUUCUGUGUCCUGUACGCUAGAGUUCAUCCCCAACACAAAGGUGCAGCUGGCUGACCCCGACCUGGAGCAGGCUGCCCAUCUCAUCCACGCGCUCAGCAACCACGAUGACGUGAUCCAUGUCUAUGACAACAUUGAGUAGCCAGACUGAAAAACAGAUGACUAAUUCCAUGAUGACUUCAACAGCUGGAGAGUGAAGCCUGGGGGAAGAAAAUCAAUUAAAUAAUCCAUUGUGGUGCCAAGGCAUGCGCUCUUAUGCCUCAUUUCAUAAUGGUGGUACUACCUGGGAUUUUUAGUUUUUAUAGGAGAUAACUCAUCUAAAUAUCUGAAUAGCAUAUCAUUAAAACAGGGCAACAUAAAGUUUAAAUGCCACGUCCUAAUUUACAAGAUACUUUGACAUUUUAUUUAUUUGACUUUCAAAACAAACGUAUAAAAUAGUCAGCCCAAAUAUUUUAUGCACAGAUGAUCUCAUACCAAGCAGGUGAAAACUCUGUCUUGCGUUCAUAGACCUUGGUUUAUAAAAUAGCUCUGUUUUGUGAAUGUGCAAUAUAGAUGAAUUUGGAGAAAUGUGAUCAUUUCUGACAUGAGUAGUCUUGUACUAAGGAAGCCUGCUCGAGAAGGGAACUUGGUUACUCAUGUGAAUAGUCCUCUGAUCUAAUAGAUAGGAUUUGUUACUGUGAAUUCUGUAAACCAGUUUGUUUGCAUCAAGACAUGCUAGACAGCUCUGCACUGACCCCUGGCGGUGCCCUGCAGUCUUCUUGCAGUUAAUAUGGAAAAGGCAGAAAUGAAAGCUUACUCAGACCUGUUCUGACUCUAGAUCUGAUAAAGAGAUCCUUAGCUACAUAGGUUAAAUAGCUGUUUAACUGAAAAUUUAAGUAAAGAUUGUACGAGCUGUUUUGCCACUAGAAAUUAUUUUUUAAAGAAUAUUUUAUGUCAGAGAAAACAUUUACAAUAUAAUGUUAAACGAAAAACAAAGAUUAAAAACUAUAUGUAUAGUGUGGUCCAAAUUUUAAAAUCUAUAUGAUGCUGUGUAUAUGAAAUUUUAAGAAAAGACUAGAAGGAAGUAUACCAGAAUAGCAAAACUGACUAUCUCUGGGUGGUGAUGUUAUAACUGAGUUUUAUUUUCAUGUAUUCCAUUUAUUAAGGAAGCAUCUUUUAAAAAGAAGAAAACUAGUCACAUUAUCUUCCUACUAAGGAAGCAACAUGUGAGCACCUGCGAUUUAGGUGACCUUGAAGUCGAAAGAAUGGGGUCUGGUCCUGGCUUACCUUAUCUUCGGUCAGUGUCUUAACAACAAAAUCAUUUAGCACCUUGAGCUGGCUUGGGCUCACUUUCAAGUGUCCUUUCAGUGGGCUGAAAGUUAUCAGUGACAGGCUUUGUCCAUAGCCUUGACUCUCACUGGGAAACGCUCAUGUAGUAUGUAGCUGCUGCACCUCUGCCAGGGGCCCCGGCUGAAUCAGACUGGAACAAUGAGGGCUCUGCCUCCAGCUAACAAUGGAAAUUCAGUUGUGUGGUUACUUUUAUUUUUUUCUCUUGAAAACAUAUAACAUAGAUGUCAUAGAGUUGUCUUGAGAAUUAAAUAAGUUAAUAUAUGCUAAGCACUUAAAACAGUGCCUGGCAGUAGUAAGUAUUCAAUAUAUGUUGGCCUUUCUUCCCACUAAGUAUCAAUGAACAUUUUUUAAAAACAUUUUUUAAUUUUACAUUGGAGUAGAGUCAAUUAACAAUAUUGUGAUGGUUUCAGGUGGACAACAAAGCAACUCAGCCAUCCAUAUACAUGUAUCCUGAAUGAACAUUUUUAAAAACUGAAAUGUGACCAUCCUAUGUUUAUCUGCUUUGUAACCUGCCCCCCACCCUCUCCUUCCCCUUCACAGUAUAUCCUAGAUGCCUUUUGGUAUUGGGAUGGAGAAGUCUACUUCUUUCUUUUUAAUAGCUUCAUGGUAUUUUAUUAUUAUUAGUUAAUGUGUCAGUUUAUUUAAUUAGUCUCUAUCAAUGGAUAUUUGGAUUGUUUAUCUUACAGAAGAUGCUACAGUAAAUACUUCCUUUUUUUUUUUUUUACAGUGAAUACUUUCUACCUUUGCUCCCUUGCAAAGUAUUCUUCACGAUAAAUUUAUAGAAGUGGAAUUACAAAACACAAAGCAGUUUUUCUUUAGACGUAAAUGUCAAUAUGUAAAAAUGUGAAGAUGUAAAAACAAAGCAGAGAACCUAACUGAUUGAACUGGUGAUCUGAAUAUAUUCUAUGUUACCUCUGAAUUAAAAGAAUUUUCAUCAAAUCA